CCUGGCCGCCGCUGCCGCCUCUCUCCGCACCCCACGCACCCCGCCACACCAUGGGCCUGCCGACGUCCAAGAAGCACGCCGGCCUCGGCCACGCCAUCGCAAACCGCCGCGCCAAGGAGGCGCUGACGCGCAACGGCAGCAACUUCCACACGACCGACUUCGACCGCGGCCUGCAGAGCGUCACGCACCAGGGCGACCUCGAGGAGUUCCUCUCCACCGCCCAGCUCGCCGACUCGGACUUCACCGCCGAGCGCCGCAACGUCUCCAUCAUCAAUGCGCCCGGCUCGUCGGCAGGGCCGCCGCGCCGCGGCUUCAACCCCUUCCUGCUCUCGGGCCAGGAGGAGCAGGAGGUGCUGAAGCGCCAGGGCCAGAACAAGCAGCGCCUGCGUGUGCCACGGCGGCCGCACUGGGACUCCACCACCACGCCCGCGCAGCUGCAGCGCCUCGAGGCCGACUCAUUCCUCGAAUGGCGGCGCUCGCUCGCGCAGCUGACCGAGUCGCAGUCCUUCAUCCUCACGCCCUUUGAGCGCAAUCUCGAGGUGUGGCGGCAGCUGUGGCGCGUCGUCGAGCGCAGCCACCUCGUGGUGCAGAUCGUAGACGCGCGCAACCCGUUGCGCUUCCGCUGCGAGGACCUCGAGCGCUACGUUCGCGACGUUGAUGUGCGGCCGGGAGAGUUCACGGAGAAGGAAGGGCAGGGACCGCGCCGCAACUUGCUGCUCAUCAACAAGGCAGACUUGCUCGACGAAGGCCAGCGCAAGGAGUGGGCGCGCUACUUUGAGGAGAAGGGCAUUGCAUACGCCUUUUUCAGUGCCGCCAACGCUGCGGCCAUCCAGCUGGAGCGUGCUGAGCGUGAGGCAGCCGAGGAGCGCGCUGCCGAGCUGGCCGCAGCUCGCGCCGCCGCUGCUGCUCGCGAGAGCGGCAGCGAAGAGGACAGCGACGACUCGGACGACUCGGACGACGCCGGCUCGGAGGACGAGGACGCUGUCGCCGAGCUGUCACACGCCACGGAGCAGGUGCAGCUUAACGUGCCCAAGAAGACGGCCGAGCUGGUGCAGCAGGCGGCGAGCAGUGCCGCCAGCGCCGCGCAGCCACUAGCCGCAGCGGCCGCCGACCCGAAGGACCCGACGCGCGUGCUCAAUGUGCUCGAGCUCGAGGAGCUCUUCAUGCAGUCUGCGCCGCCGCUGUCCGACUUCGCGCAGGAGGACCAUGCGGCGCCGACACGUCUCUGUGUCGGUCUCGUCGGCUACCCCAACGUGGGCAAGUCGUCGACGAUCAACGCGCUGCUCGGCGAGAAGAAGGUCUCUGUCUCCUCGACGCCGGGCCACACCAAGCACUUCCAGACGAUCAACCUCAGCCCCGAGACGGUGCUUUGUGAUUGUCCCGGUCUCGUCUUCCCGCAGUUCGCCACGAGCGCCGCCGAGCUCGUCUGCGACGGCGUGCUGCCAAUCGACCAGAUGCGCGAGUACACUGCACCCGCCGAGCUCAUCGCUCGCCGCAUCCCGCGCGACAUUCUUGAGGGCACGUACGGCAUCCGUAUCGACAUGCAGCUCGAAGAGGAGGGCGGCUCGGGCACGCCGACGGGUCUGGAGGUCUUGACAUCGUAUGCCGUGGCGCGUGGCUUCACCCGUCAGGGCCAGGGCAACCCCGACGAGUCGCGCUCGGCACGCUACGUCUUCAAGGACUACGUCUCUGCGCGGCUGCUGUACGCGCAUCCGCCGCCAGGCGUCGACGCGGACAAGUUCAACGCCGAGCAGCGCAACGCUGCGCGUGCCGCUCUGGCCGGUCGACGCUAUGCGCCGCUGCUGGCCGAGGAGGAGGAGGCGCGUGCGGCUGCUGCCGCCAAGGCGGCCAAGUUGGCGCCGCGGCCGCAGGGCGCGAAGAGCAAGGCCAUCGACUCGUCGUUCUUCGAGCAGGAGGCUGCCUCGCGCCCCGCCGUCAAGGGCCGCAGCGGCAAUGCGAUGCACAGCCUGCGCAACCGCCUCAACCCCGACGGCACGCCGCUCAGCAAGGAGCAGGUCGCCGAGCUCAUGGCCGCCGAGGCGGCGCUGGUCAACAAGAACGGCAAGAAGCACAACAAGAGCAGCAGGCGGCGCGUCAAGCAGCGCAGCGGACAGGGCUUCGCAUAGGCGCCUCGAUGCGCGGCGACCGCAGCAAUACCAUCGUCAUACACACCACCAGACGCGGGC